AUGAAUAAAGGCUGGCUAGAGCUGGAGAGCGAUCCAGGGCUCUUCACGCUGCUGGUGGAGGAUUUCGGUGUAAAGGGGGUUCAGGUGGAGGAGAUUUAUGACCUGCAGAGCAAGUGUCCGGGGCCGGUCUAUGGCUUUAUCUUCCUCUUCAAAUGGAUCGAGGAGCGCCGUUCCCGCAGGAAAGUCUCCACCCUGCUGGACGACACGUCAGUCAUGGAGGAGGAUGUCGUCAACAACAUGUUCUUUGCUCACCAGCUGAUCCCCAAUUCCUGCGCCACGCACGCCCUCCUGAGCGUAUUACUGAACUGUAGCGGCGUCCACCUGGGGCCGACUCUGAGCCGCAUCAAGGACUUCACCAAAGGCUUCAGCCCGGAGAGUAAAGGUUAUGCCAUUGGAAACGCUCCUGAGCUGGCCAAAGCUCACAACAGUCAUGCAAGGCCGGAGCCGCGUCACCUACCUGAGAAGCAGAAUGGGAUCAGCGCUGUUCGCACCAUGGAGGCAUUUCAUUUCGUCAGUUAUGUUCCCAUUAAAGGGAGGCUGUUUGAGCUGGACGGCCUGAAGGUCUACCCCAUCGACCACGGCCCCUGGGCGGAGGAAGAGGAGUGGACGGACAAAGCGCGGCGGGUGAUAAUGGAGCGGAUCGGCCUGGCCACAGCGGGGGAACCGUAUCAUGACAUUCGAUUUAACCUGAUGGCCGUGGUUCCGGACCGGAGGCUGAAAUACGAGAGUCGGCUAAACGUCCUGAAGAUGAACAGGCAGACCGUGCUGGAGGCUUUGCAGCAGUUGAUCCGGGUGACGCAGCCAGAACUGAUUCAGCCCCAGAAGCAGACUGACAAUCAGAAUAAUGAGGACACGAAGCCUAAUACAAAGUCUGCCUCUAACCAGGAGACGUCUCGUCAGAAUUCUCAGAGUAACGCCUCAGAUGUGAGCAGAGAUGCAGCCGGAUCCACUCAGAGAGGACCUGUCCCUAAUACCUACAGCAAGCUGAAUGCCGUUCCUCAUAAUGGGAAUACAACCACCACCCAACCGCCCCGGCUGCCAGCUUUCUUGGACAACCACAACUACGCCAAGUCACCGAUGCAGGAGGAAGAAGAUUUGGCUGCGGGUGUCGGCCGAUCUCGGGGACUCCCACUCUCCCUCUCCGGACUCCGAUGAAGAUGAAGAAGAGGAGGCAGAGACCUCCGCAAGACCGACAGCUCUUCCUCGGUUCAAGAGGAGAAGUUCGGAGUCUCUACCCCCCACCUCCCGGGGCCGGAGCUGCCUGCCAACAUUCUGGUAGAAAAGUUAAAGGAAACUCAGCGAGAAUUGUGCUCCCCGCUCUCUAUAAAGACAGGAGCCCCCACGGCCCCCCAUUCCCAGCCGUCUCCUACCCCCAGCAACGAGAGCACAGACACCGCCUCAGAGAUAGGGAGCGCCUUCAAACUCCCCGCUGCGGUCUCCUCUGAGGUCCGCCAACACCACCAGACCCUCCAGCCCCCUGUCACCUCGCACCUCUCCAAGGUGCUGUUCGGGGAGGAGGAGCCUCUCUCGCGGUUGGAUAGCGUACGGUAUAAACCGAGCGGUGCGGGAACUCGGGCCCCUGGUUGGCACUGGAAUCCUGCACCUCACCCGGGACGGGCAGCUCUACACACUGAGCCGGAAUGAUUCUGGAAAAGUUUCCCCAAAAAUCAAAAUGGAGGAUGGCAGCGAGAAUCCCGACACCCCGAAGGGAGAGAGAUUCUCACCUAAGGAGCUCCUGGCUUUGUUGAAAUGCGUAGAAGCCGAAAUAGCCACAUCGGAGGCCUCGCUGAGGGAGGAGCUGGAGAAACGCAAAAAAUUCAAGAUCGAUGAUCAGAGAAGGACCCACAACUACGAUGAGUUCAUCUGCGCCUUCAUCUCCAUGCUGGCCCAGGAAGGCAUGCUGGCGAGUCUGGUGGAGCAGAACAUUUCGGUCAGGAGGCGGCAGGGGGUCAGCAUCGGCCGGCUGCACAAACAGAGGAAGCCUGACCGCCGCAAACGCUCACGCCCAUACAAAGCCAAACGCCAGUAG